AUGUUUCCCAGCCCUAGCACGUCCACUCCCUUCUCUGUUAAGGAUAUAUUAAACUUGGAGCAGACUCAUGACGUUCUGGCGUCUUCUUUGGACGAUUGUUCUCGCAUGGACUGCUGCACCGUGGCGACAUCCUCCUCCUCCUCCUGUAUGCUGGGCCGAAUGAAGCAGGAGCCUCUCCGGGACAUCUCGUCCACCGCCGCCUCGCUGCUUGUAGAGGACACACACGACUCCAGAGCCGGCAGAGGCAAUCCACUUAACUUUGCUUCUACCUUUUAUGGCAAAUCCCUCAUGGAGAUGGAAAUAGAUAAGGAUGGAAAAUCUGAUGCGUUUGAAGGGAAAAGAAGAAAAGAUGGAUUCAGUGUUCCGUCAGAGUCUGUGGAGGACAUAAAGGCCGAGGAUCAGGACCGGCCCAAGCCUCGGAGGCGCAGGAAGCCCCGGGUCCUCUUCUCCCAGGCGCAGGUGUACGAGCUGGAGCGCCGCUUCAAACAGCAGCGGUACCUUUCGGCCCCGGAGAGAGAUCACCUCGCCGGGGUUCUCAAACUCACCCCGACGCAGGUGAAGAUCUGGUUCCAGAACAGGAGGUACAAGUGCAAGCGGCAGAAGCAGGACCAGAGCCUGGAGAUGGUGUCCCUGCCGCCGCCCAGGAGGGUGUCGGUGCCGGUGCUGGUGAGGGAUGGGAAGCCCUGUCUCGCGGGUGACGCGACCAGCUACAAUCCUUCCUACAGUAUGGGUCACAUUAACCAUUUUAGUUAUAACAACUACACAGCCUUCAGCAACUACACCGGCUCCAGCUGCAACACGAACUAUGCAUGCAAUUACCCCGCAGCCGCAAUGCAGACUAUGCAAGGAACCUCCAGCAACGGCAACUACAUGAACUUUGGGGUAGGGGAUUUCAGUAACGUCCAGAACACAUACUCCUCCAGUAACGGGGUGUCUUCCUUACACGGCAUUAGGACGUGGUAA